ACAAUUUUAUUGUUAACCCAUUUUUUCUUUCUAUUUCUAAAAUUCCAAAUCUCCUCUGGUGGUAUUCGACCUCCGUAGUUAAGCUCGUCACUCUGGCCUUAUUUUUAUUUCUUCACAUGCCCAUUUUCUGUUAUAUCUGUCUCAGAAAUCGGCCUAGCGAUCCAAAUCAGUGUUUGCUUAAUAUUUUUACCAUUGUUUGUCUUGGAAGACGUAGUUGAAAGUUAGUCAAGCUAAGAAGAAAUGGCUCGCAUAUACGUGGGGAAUUUGGAUCCCCGUGUAACCGAGCGGGAGCUGGAGGAUGAGUUUAGAGUAUUUGGUGUACUGCGCAGUGUGUGGGUAGCUCGGAAACCACCUGGCUUUGCUUUCAUUGAAUUUGAGGAUCGUAGGGAUGCAAAUGAUGCUGUACGGGGUUUGAAUGGUAAGAAUGAUUGGAGGGUUGAGCUUUCCCGCAGUUCUGGUGGAGGUGCACGUGGGAGUCGUGGAAGAGGAGGAGAUGAUCUUAGCUGCUAUAAAUGUGGCGAAUCUGGCCACUUUGCACGUGAGUGUAAUCUACGAUCGGGCAGGGCAGACUAUGGCGGCCGACCUAGAAGUCGCAGUCCACGGUAUCGUCGGAGUCCAAGUUAUGGAAAGAGUGCCUGCAGUCCGGUGCGCAGGAGCUACUCACCACGCCGUUAUUCUCCAUAUCGAGCGCCAGUCCGUUCCCCUCAGCCUCAUCGUGACUAUGCAGCACCUCGAGUUGCAAAUGGGAGUCCACAUUAUAGAGAUCGUCUCCGGUACAGAAGUCGCAGCCCGUGACAACCUGGAUGUCUUUUGCAGGUGAACAGAUUUGUCUUCUGCAACUUUUCAGCAUAUUGUGUCAUGUUUGGAGGUUUAGAGAAAUGACUACCAGGAAUGAGUUUACAUUUUACAAUUGUUGGCUUUGGGAGCCAUGUUAGGUCAGGAUAUUCUACUAAAUGAUGGCUACUCAAAGGAAAUAUUCGUCUUAUUCCAUCGUGCAUCCAGUUUAUUUUAGCUUCUUGAUCAUACUGUUAAUCUGAAGCUGAGGCUGGUUGAUUCUGCAUGAAUUUUCUUCCUCGGUUCUUUGAUCUGUUCAGUUGUAAACUUGAAUGCCAAAAUAUUUUUGUCUGGACUUCUCAACUGAGACCGUAGAGCAUUUUUUUAUUUUGGCUAUUUAGACAUUAAAUGUCAAAGGCCCAGAUUUUAUCUGUGUUCUGAUAAGAUUAAAUGCUGGAGAAAUGUGGAACUUCAUUAUCUUCAUUGCUGCUCUGGUUAUUCUACUAAUGGGCUUCUUGGACUUCAUUGCAACUUCGUGGUCUGGUUAUUCUUCUACUGCAUCUAAUAAUGGGCUUCUUGGACUACAUUGCAACUUCAUGAUGUUGUUACUCUACUUCUGCAUAUACUAAUGGGCUGCUUGGACUUCAUUGCAACUACAUCUUCUGGUAAUUCUACUUCUGUAUCUAUUAAUGGGCUUCUUGCAACCCCAAUUUGCAUCAGCUGUGCAUCCGAUACCUGACUAGAAAAAUCAUCCUGCUGCCAUUUUAGAAUGAGCUUUUUAGUAUUUAUAGUAUGCUUCAGAUGCAUGUAAGAUUGCUAAGAUAGUGAGAAUGCUGCCAAUCUUGCUCGCCUUUUUCUUGGAUAAAAGAAAAAUGGAUCUACAACAGGCUUAAUCUGCUUCCUCGUCACUUACUCGAACUUUGCAGAUGUUUUCUUUCUUUUAAGCAGAAGCUCCUCUUUUUCCCACCUGUCACUUGAACGUUGUGUUGGGGAUUUUAUGCACUGCCAUCCAGCCUGUCACCUGCUCUCAGAAUUUCAAUCAUGUGAACAUUUCUUGAGUGGAUCUACCAGUGGAAAUGCUUUCAUCAACAUUGUUAACAGGUGCAAUGGUGACAGACUUCUUUCAUCUGGGGUAGGCUUUCUUGUGGCACACUUAGUGAAAAUUUUAUAGGAUUUUGUGUCGCAUCACAACAGUUUAGUACUGAAACUUUUGUGGAUUGGUUCAACACAAGAUUCGAGUCACAUUUAUUGGCCAAAUUUGACUCUACACACAUCCCAUUAUAUGGGCCCAGUUUAACUCUACACAUCCCAUUAUAUGGAGAUGUAAUGUAGCAAAAUACAUAAUUUUAGUCAGUGAGUUUCCACAGAUUUUAGCCAUUGUGGAGACAAUUUAAACCAAAAUUAUUAAUGUUAUGUUAAACUUAUUCUUAUGUUA